GUCACGUGCCGAAGGAGCAGAAUCUCGAUUGAAAUAUAUGAGGUCGGAAGCUGAGGCAGCUGCUUGGCCAGAGCUUGCCCGUUGUCGUUCCCGCCGGCCCCACCCUUCUCCGCCACCAUCCUCCCCCUUCGAAAUAUCUCAUCAAGCCUCGGAUCAUUUCCAUCCAACAUCCACUCCAAUCACACAACGAAAGAAUUCAUCAAUGGCCGCUCCGUUCUUGCUCCAAUCCAACACCAAAUGCAACCUUCUAUUGCAUCCAUACCCAUUUCCAUUUUCGCCCCUUAAACCCAUCACAGCAUCAACGCGGUUUAGCCGAGGACCCUCCAGAUUGGCCAUGAGACGCUUCUUCACGAGCAAUAAUGAUUCCAAGAAGUUGACUUCAGAAGUGGGUAUCGAAGCAAGCAACGCCGUCGACAACCCACUCGAAAUCGCCGCCAACACCAUUUUGAAAGCCCUCAAAGCCCUUCGAAAACCCGCAAUCGCGGCGGUUUUGAUGGGGCUGUUGCUGAUGUACGAUCCCAAUUCCGCUCUGGCGGCUUCCGGCGGGAGGAUGGGCGGCCGGUCCUUCUCUUCGAGUUCGUCGUCGAGGAGUUAUUCAACGAGGACGAGGAGUCCGGGUUUUUCGUACUCGGCGCCGUACUAUGCGCCGUCUCCAUUUGGGUUCGGCGGCGGCGGGUUCUAUGUCGGCCCGGCGGUUGGCGUUGGAGUGGGCGCCGGGUCGAGUUUAUUUCUCAUUUUGAUGGGUUUUGCUGCCUUCAUGUUGGUUUCUGGGUUUUUGUCGGAUCGUUCAGAGGGAGGUGUUCUCACUGCUACCGAGAAAACAACCGUUCUCAAGCUGCAGGUUGGGUUGUUGGGGAUGGGACGGUCACUUCAGAGGGAUCUUAAUCGGAUUGCUGAAACCGCUGAUACAUCUACUUCAGAGGGUCUGAGCUAUGUGUUAACAGAGACAACCCUUGCUUUGCUAAGGCAUCCUGAUUAUUGCAUAUCCGGCUAUUCAUCUGUUGAUGUAAAGCGAAGCAUAGAGGAAGGCGAGAAACGAUUCAAUCAACUUUCUAUUGAGGAACGGGGAAAAUUUGAUGAGGAGACAUUAGUUAACGUGAACAACAUAAAAAAGCAAAGCACAACAACCCAGAGAGCCAGUGGAUUCAGUAAUGAGUACAUAGUGAUUACAAUCUUGGUGGCUGCUGAAGGAUUACAUAAAUUGCCCACCAUCAAUGGCAGUGGAGAUUUAAAGGAAGCCCUUCAAAAGCUUGGCUCUAUCCCCGCAAGCAGAACGCUAGCUGUUGAGGUAUUAUGGACCCCUCAGAAUGAAAAUGAUACAUUGUCAGAGCGUGAACUGCUAGAAGAUUACCCACUCUUGCGGCCUCUAUGAGUAACUUAAUAGGCUGUCAUACGUUGUACCAAGUGGUAAUGAUCAUUUGCUUUUUCUGAUCCUAGUACAGUUACUAAAGAGAAAAUGUUUAUAGCAUAGAGGAGAAGUCUAAAAUCAACUGCAUAUUAUGUUGUAUUUCACUAUGAAAUGAAAGCUUUUUGUUCACUGCCAUUGUAAUUGAGGCCUGGCUUACCUUGGGAGUGCAAAACCCUAAAA